AUGGAGAGAGGCCCCGAUACUUCAGAAGUUCCUGAUACAGCUCUUGCUCUACAGAAACAACCAUUUGUGCCUCGUGAUCAAAAUCCAGAGCAAUCAAAUAGGAAUCAUAUUAAAGAUGAAAGACAGGAAAAGAAAAAAGAGAGAAAAGGAGGAGGAGGAAAAGAAGAAAAUGAAAAGGAAGUAGAAGAGAAACUGGAAGAGGAACAAGAGACAGAAGAGGAAAAGGAAUUAAAAAUGGAAAAUGAUGAAGAAUAUCCAGAGAAAAGAUUAGUCAGUAAACCUCUCCUGGACACUCUGUGGGCAAUGUUUAAGUUAAACAAAUGUCCCACAAUAGGAGAUAGUCUAUCACUUGCAUUUACAUUUAACAUGACAGAAAAGCAGAUAAAUCAAUGGUUUUUUAAAAAGAGGAAGAAAUUCAAUAAAGAAAUGUAUAAGCAGAAAUAUAAGAAAAAGCGUAAGAGAUACAGUGCUAUUACAUACUUAAUAGACUACAGUGGAGUAUUGGAGAAAGUUUCCAAUUAG